CACAGAAGCAUCUGGGUUUGUCCCCCGUCCACAAGAUGCAUAUGAGUAGCUUGUUAAAUCAACGGACUGACAUCUCCACGAUGUGCGACGUGGACGUUUCCUCAGAACCCACGAGUCCCACUUUGUACGGUGAGUCCUCAGAUCAGUAUUUCCAUGUGGACCGCUGGCAGAAGCUCCGCACCGCCGUCCGCAAGCUGGAGUUCUGGGAAAACUUCAGCGCUGAGCUAAUUGGGAGCGGCUUCUUCUCCAAAGUCUAUAAGGUGAUACACACCACCAGUCGGAAGGUGAUGGUGGUGAAGAUCUACAAGAAUGACGUGGACCAAGACAGCAUUGUUCGAGAGAUCAGCCUGCUGCAGAAACUUUCUCAUCCCAACAUCGUCAGGUACCUGGGAAUCUGUGUAAAGGAAGACAAACUGUAUCCAAUCUUAGAGUAUGUAAACGGUGGCUGUCUGGAAGAGCUACUGGCCAGGAAAGAUGUUCCGCUGUGCUGGAGAGAGAAGGUCGAUUUGGCCUGUGACAUCAGUAGAGGAAUGCUCUACCUGCAUUACAAGAACAUUUACCACAGAGACCUCAACUCCAAAAACUGCCUGAUACGGGUGACAUCUCGGGGUCGGGAAGCUCUGGUGGCAGACUUCGGCCUGGCCAGGGAAGUGGUGGAACUGCCGGUUAAAGACCGGAAGCUCUCCCUCGUGGGUUCUGCCUUUUGGAUGGCACCUGAGAUGCUCAGAGGGGAGCCGUACGAUCGCAAGGUGGAUGUUUUUUCCUUUGGCAUUGUGCUUUGUGAAAUCCUGGCCAGGAUUCCAGCCGACCCAGAGAUAUUACCCAGAACACAGGACUUUGGGCUGGAUGUGACUUCGUUCAGGGAUCUGGUGCCUGGCUGCCCUCAGCAUCUCCUGGAGCUCGCCACCAGCUGCUGUAUGGUGGAGUCCUUCAGACGUCCAGCCUUCAGCGAGUUACUGGAUGAAUUAGGAGAAAUUUCUGAAAGCCUGGAGACAAAAUCAGACAUGGCUGCGACUUGAGUGAGUCAUCUGGAGAGCCCGCUUGAUCCUGGAACAGGAUGGUGUGAACAUUUCAGGUGCUGUGGCAUCCUCCACUGCACACCACAUGGACACUGAGGUGCUGCUCAUAGACUGUUUGGACAGAAAGCUAAUUCUUAUUCUUCAGUUCUCUCUGUGCUUUGUUUUGUAAUAAAUGACAGAUG